UCGGAAGAAGCGCGGAAGUGUAAUUCACCGUCAACGGGUUUUUUUUUUUUGUUUUGUUUUUUUAGUUUUUUUUUUUUUAAAUACUUAUUAUCAGCGUCAACAUGGCUGAAUGUAACAUUAGCAUCGACCAGAAUAAACUACCUGGAGUGAAAGAGGUGUGCCGAGACUUUGCUGUGCUGGAGGACCACUGCCUGGCCUAUAACCUCCAGGAACAAGAAAUUGAGAGCCACUUGGCAUCAAACGUCCAUAAGAGCCGUCUGGUGCAGAAGGACCUGCAGGUGGCCAAGAAGCUGCAGGAGGAGGAAGAUAAGAGGGCCAAGAUCAAGGGCCAGAAACAGCAAGGUGACAUUGAGCGCCAAGAUAAUGAGAUUGCCCAGGAGAUUCAGGAACAACUGGUCCGACAGGCAGAGCAACAGCGACAGCAGGAAGAAAAGGAUGCGGCCAUAGCUCGUAAGCUGCAGGAGAAGGAGAUGAAAGAGGAAAGGAGGAGACAGAAACAGCUGGAAGCAAACUUUGAGGAGGAGUACUUUGAGGAUCACGGAGGUCGUAUUGUGCACCGAGGGAGUGGAGCAGUAGUAGCAGAAACUGAGUAUGGGCUGAGCGAGGCCACCGAGGGGUUGACGAAGCUGGAUCUCCGUGCGCAGGAGCUGAAAGACAUGGAGGUGGCCAGGAAACUGCAAGAGGAGGAAAUCAAGGCAAGCAAGGUGCAUGUACGUGCAGCCCAAGUGGCACAGGAUGAGGAAAUGGCCCGACUGCUGAUGGAACAAGAGAAAAAGGAGUACAGGAAGAAUCGGGAACGGGAAAAGGAGAAGGAACGAGAGAGGGAGAGGUUGGCCAUGGACAGGAUGGCAAUGGAAAGGAGGCGGCAAGAGGGAGACUACAGGCCAAAUGUGGAAGAAGUCGUCCGGCCCAGAACACGAGAUGAGUACGAAUACCAGAGGCAGAGGAACCACAACAAGCCUGCCAGGCCUCCUCAGCCUCGGGCACAUGACUAUGAGAAUGUGAACCCUGGCUAUGGCUACUCAGACCAUCCUGUCCCCCCUCGUGCUCCCGCCAGACCUGAGGCUGCUUACAAAGGUGCCCAUAACAAGCGGUGACUCAGGCUCUCUACCAUGUCCAGACAUACUAUCAGUCCUCUUUUGUCCUUUUUUUUUUUUUAUCUUUUUGUUUUCAACCAUUCACACUCUGUUGACCAAAAGCCUUGGGAAAGUCUGAUGAGUUGGCAAUGGCUUUUUUUUUUUUUUUUUAAUAGUACCCUCCAAAGUUGGCCCAGAGUUAAGUGGGUCUGGGAGUGCUGGAACCGCACUCAAUUUUUUCCUUUUUUAAUUUGUAAAUUGUGAUUAAUAUUAUUUCUUUUAACUGACACAACAUCAAGACAAGCCAAAAGAGCAGCCUUGUGACAUGAACUCCCAUGAUUCAUAGCUGUUGAGAUUGAGGAAAUGGCUCCUCAUUUCCUGUGCUCAUUGUGUGCUGAUGUUUGUCCCAUCUGUGGACCAUGCCAUCACAAGGGCUCAAGGCCUCUGCUGGAUACAACCAUGCAAUCUCAGAUUUCCUCAUGACUCUUCAUGGGACGUGCCUGUCUGGUCCAACAUGGCUGCUACAGUGUCUUAGAUACCAACAUGGCAGCUGCUUUGUAUCACCCGUGCUGCAGUUCUGUUCUUUUGUCAUGCUGUGCAACGAGGCUACACAGACCCUAUCCAUGUGCCGCACUGCUUAUGUCUCUGGAGGGAUACGUUUCUGUUGCUGUAGUCAAAAAACAAAACAAAAAAUAAACCUUUUUAUCAA